AGGAGGAGGAGGGGGAACAGCUUCCUCACAGCGGAAGGAGACGACGGAUCUCCUGCAGGACAAUGUGAGACACCGAGAGUUGAUCCGACGCACUUAGCAAGCAGCCAGCCGGCCGGGAUGGAAGCGGGGAUCGUUUAGCACGCACCGUGUCUGAACCGCGACCCGACUAUUGUUUGGAAAUCCGCAUUUUUUCGCCCGAGGAAGCGGCCGCGGCGAUGGGCACACGGCGCUGAGGAGAGAGCGGCGGCAGGGCCAAGAAACGACAGAAAGAUGGGUGUCGUGCUGCGGAGUCUGUUGUUGUGUAGUUUUUGUUUUCUCAUACGAGGCGUGCCGCUGCUGCUGUAUGCGAACCGACGGGACCUUCAGCUCGUCGACGCGGCGCACGAAAAGGCCAACGCCACGGUGGUGGUGGGAGGGCUGGAGGACGCCGCCGCCGUGGACUACGUCUACUCCCAGGGUUUCAUCUACUGGAGCGACGUGAGCGAGGAGGCCAUCAAACGCACCGUCUUCAACCAGUCGGGGGCCAGCACGGUCCAGACGGUGGUACCGGGUCUGGCCUCCCCGGACGGGCUGGCCUGUGAUUGGUUAGGGAAGAAACUUUACUGGACAGACUCAGAAACCAAUCGGAUCGAGGUGGCGGAGCUGGACGGGUCCUUGAGGAAGGUCCUGUUCUGGCAGGAGCUGGACCAGCCGAGAGCCAUCGCUCUGGAUCCAGAACGAGGGUACAUUUACUGGACGGACUGGGGUGAGAUCCCAAAGAUCGAGCGGGCGGGGAUGGACGGGACGAAUCGAUCCAUGAUCAUUGAUAAAGAGAUCUACUGGCCCAACGGGCUGACUCUGGACUACAGCCAGCAGAAACUGUACUGGGCCGACGCCAAACACAACUUCAUCCACCGCUCCAACCUGGACGGAUCCUCCAGGGAGGUGGUGGUAAAGGGAGAGCUGCCUCACCCCUUCGCCCUCACCCUGUACGAGGACACUCUGUUCUGGACCGACUGGCACACCCACUCCAUCCACUCCUGUAGAAAACAGACCGGAGACGAACAACGAAUCGUCCACUCGGACAUCUUCUCGCCCAUGGACAUCCACGUCUUCAGCCCCAAGAGACAACCCAUCUUGAGCAGUCCGUGCUCUGUGAAGAACGGGGGAUGUUCCCACCUCUGCCUCCUCUCUCCGGGGAAGCCCUACUUUCAGUGUGCCUGUCCCACCGGGGUCCAGCUGCUGGAGGACGGGAAGACCUGCAGGAACGGUGCGACUCAGAUGCUGCUGCUGGCUCGGCGGACGGACCUGCGGCGAAUCUCCCUGGACACGCCGGACUUCACCGACAUCAUCCUGCAGGUGGACGACAUCCGCCACGCCAUCGCCAUCGACUACGACCCGGUGGAGGGGUACAUCUACUGGACGGACGACGACGUGAAGGCCAUCCGCCGCUCCCUGCUGGACGGCAGCGACGCCCAGUUCGUGGUCACGUCUCAGGUGAACCACCCCGACGGCAUCGCGGUCGACUGGGUCGCCAGAAAUCUGUACUGGACCGACACCGGGACGGACCGCAUCGAGGUGACCCGGCUCAACGGGACCAUGCGCAAGAUCCUGAUCUCCGAGGACCUGGAUGAGCCCAGAGCCAUCGUACUGGACCCAGUGGCCGGGUACAUGUACUGGACUGACUGGGGCGAGGUGCCAAAGAUCGAGCGGGCAGAUCUGGACGGGAUGGAGCGAGUGGUGAUGGCGAACACCUCCCUGGGCUGGCCCAACGGCCUCGCGCUCGACUAUGACGAACGCAAAAUCUACUGGGGAGACGCCAAGACUGAUAAGAUUGAGGUGAUGAACAUGGACGGGACGGGUAGACGGGUGCUGGUGGAGGACAAACUUCCCCACAUCUUCGGCUUCACGCUGCUGGGCGACUACAUCUACUGGACCGACUGGCAGCGCCGCAGCAUCGAACGCGUCCACAAACGCACCGCGGAGAGAGAGUUCAUCAUCGACCAGCUGCCCGACCUCAUGGGACUCAAGGCCACAUACGUACACCAGUCCUUUGGUACAAACCCGUGUGCGGAGAACAAUGGCGGCUGCAGCCACCUCUGCCUCUACAAGCCUCAGGGCGUUCAGUGCGGCUGUCCCAUCGGACUCGAACUCAUCGCCGACAUGAGAACCUGCAUCGUCCCCGAGGCCUUCCUGCUCUUCUCCCGCCACACCGACAUCCGCCGCAUCUCCCUGGAGACCAACAACAACAACGUGGCCAUCCCGCUCACUGGCGUCAAGGAGGCCUCGGCGCUCGACUUCGACAUCACCGACAACCGCAUCUACUGGACCGACAUCACUCUGAAGACCAUCAGUCGGGCCUUCAUGAACGGCAGCGCUCUGGAGCACGUGGUGGAGUUCGGUCUGGACUACCCGGAGGGGAUGGCGGUGGACUGGCUGGGGAAGAACCUGUACUGGGCCGACACCGGCACCAACCGCAUCGAAGUGGCCAAACUGGACGGGCAGCACCGACAGGUCCUGGUCUGGAAGGACCUGGACAGCCCGCGAGCCCUGGCUCUGGAUCCUGCCGAAGGGUACAUGUACUGGACCGAGUGGGGCGGGAAGCCGAAGAUCGACCGAGCGGCAAUGGACGGGACGGGUCGGAUCACUCUGGUGGCCGACGUGGGCCGAGCCAACGGGCUCACCAUCGACUACGCGGAGCGCCGCCUCUACUGGACCGACCUGGACACCACGCUCAUCGAGUCCUCCAACAUGCUCGGUCUGGAGCGUGAGGUGAUAGCUGACGACCUCCCUCACCCGUUCGGCCUCACCCAGUACCAGGACUACAUCUACUGGACUGACUGGAGCCAGCGCAGCAUCGAGCGGGCCAACAAGACCAGCGGUCAGAACCGCACCGUCAUCCAGGGCCACCUGGACUACGUCAUGGACAUCCUGGUGUUUCACUCGUCCAGACAGGGAGGCUGGAACGCCUGCGCCUCCACCAACGGACACUGCUCCCACCUCUGCCUCGCCGUCCCCGUCAGCAGCUUCGUCUGCGGCUGCCCCGCACACUUCUCCCUCAACUACGACAACAAGACCUGCAGCGCUCCUACUUCGUUCCUGCUGUUCAGCCAGAAAACGGCCAUUAACCGCAUGGUGAUCGACGAGCAGCAGAGUCCGGACAUCAUCCUGCCCAUCCACAGCCUGAGGAACGUCCGAGCCAUCGACUACGACCCGCUGGACAAACAGCUGUACUGGAUCGACUCCAAGCAGAACGUCAUCCGCCGAGCUCAGGAGGACGGAAACCAGAGUAUGACGGUGGUGUCGAGCUCUCUGGGCGGACCCAGCCAGGGUCUGCAGCUCUACGACCUGAGCAUCGACAUCUACAGCCGCUUCAUCUACUGGACCAGCGAGGUCACCAACGUCAUCAACGUCACCCGGACGGACGGCAGCAGAGUCGGCGUGGUGCUGAGGGGGGAGCAUGACAAGCCCAGGGCCAUCGUGGUCAACCCGGAGAGAGGGUACAUGUACUUCACCAACCUGCUGGAGCGUUCUCCAAAGAUCGAGCGGGCGGCGUUGGACGGUACGGAGCGGGAGGUUUUGUUCUUCAGCGGCUUGGGGAAACCCGUCGCUCUGGCCAUCGACAACGAGAUGGGGAAGUUGUUCUGGGUCGACUCAGACCUGCGACGCAUCGAGAGCAGCGACCUUUCCGGAGCCAAUCGGAUCGUGAUUGCGGACUCCAACAUCCUGCAGCCGGUCGGGCUGACGGUAUUCGGCAACCACCUGUACUGGAUCGACAAACAGCAGCAGAUGAUCGAACGCAUCGAUAAGACGACGCGGGAGGGACGCACCAAGAUCCAGGCUCGUAUCGCCUACCUGAGCGACAUCCACGCCGUCCACGAGCUGGACAUGAGGGAGUACAGUAAACACCCAUGCACCUGGGAUAAUGGGGGCUGCUCCCACAUCUGCAUCGUAAAGGGAGACGGGACCACUCGCUGCUCGUGCCCCGUCCACCUGGUGCUGCUGCAGGACGAGCUCUCCUGUGGAGAGCCCCCCACCUGUUCUCCGGAGCAGUUCUCCUGCACGUCCGGCGAGGUGGACUGCAUCCCUCAGGCCUGGAGAUGCGACGGCUACGCCGAGUGCGACGACAAAAGCGACGAGGAGGACUGUCCGGUCUGCUCCGAGUCCGAGUUCCAGUGCGACAGCCGGCAGUGCAUCGACCUGAGCCUCCGCUGCAACGGAGAGUUCAACUGUCAGGACCGCUCGGACGAGAACAAGUGUGAAGGUGUGACAGUGCGCUGUCCUCUGGACCAGUUCACCUGCUCUAACGGACAGUGUAUCGGAAAACACAAGAAGUGCGACAACAACAUGGACUGUACGGACAACUCCGACGAGAUCGGCUGCUAUCCAACGGAGGAGCCGCCGCCUCCACCCAACAACACCAUCGGCUCCAUCGUGGGCGUGGUCAUGGCGUUGUUCGUGGUCGGCGCUGUGUAUUUCGUGUGUCAACGCGUCCUCUGCCCGCAGAUGAAGGACGACGGCGAGACGGUCACCAACGAUUUUGUGGUUCACGGGCCGUCGUCCGUGCCGCUGGGAUACGUGCCGCAUCCCAGCUCGCUGUCCAGCUCACUGCCAGGCAUGUCCAGAGGGAAGUCCGUGAUCGGCUCCCUCAGCAUCAUGGGCGGGAGCAGCGGACCUCCGUACGACCGGGCCCACGUCACCGGGGCUUCGUCCAGCAGCUCGUCCAGCACCAAGGGCACCUACUUCCCGCCGAUCCUGAAUCCUCCUCCGUCUCCUGCUACGGUUCGCUCUCAGUACACCAUGGAGUUCGGUUACUCCUCCAACAGUCCCUCCACGCACAGGUCCUACAGCUACCGGCCCUACACCUACCGCCACUUCGCCCCUCCCACCACCCCCUGCAGCACCGACGUGUGCGACAGCGACUACACGCCAGGACGCCGGGCGCCGCUCAAGUCCGGCGUCGCCGCCUCCGCCGCCGCCAAGGGCUACACCAGCGACCUCAACUACGACUCGGAGCCUUUCCCGCCGCCGCCGACGCCCCGCAGCCAGUACCUGUCGGCGGAGGAGAACUGUGAGAGCUGCCCGCCGUCGCCUUACACCGAGCGCAGCUACUCCCACCACCUCUACCCGCCGCCGCCGUCGCCCUGCACGGACUCCUCGUGAGCCGAAUCCCCCGAC